GAGUUCAGAGACCAGUCAUAGCAACAAGAAGUGAGAGAAGCAGAGAAGGUGGAUCAUGGGCUCUCUUCAUCUUGAAAACGGGCCCUCGUAGCCUGCAGUCACACGAGCCGGAGAGCGUUGAUACGGAUCAGGCCUCCGAGUCACAUUACACCCAGUGAUUCUCGGCCAACAGUGGAUUAUAAACACUCUGGUUUACCCAUCGGUGAUGUAAAACGAAAUCUGAGUUGAGUGUCGACGUCCAAGAAGUGCCAAGUCUGGAGCUCCAGUACUCCACCCUUCACGCCUCUGUAAUUCGUGAGAGAUAUAAGGAACUCCCAGGGCAAUUCUCCCGAAAGAUAUCCCGUGGUGCCCCGUAAUCCAUCGAUGAUGAACCUGCCAUGAUCAGGAAUCGAUAUCAAUCUUGGUUGCAAGUACCAGUCGUUGACCAUCUCUCCAAUCGGAAUGGGAAGACGCUCAGUGAAACGAUUCAUUCAUCCUGCAAUGAAAAUUUUCUCGACAGGUACCUGCUCGAGAGGAUCUAAAAAGAGUGCAUUGUAUUACACCACCGAUUGUGGUGACGAGAAAGAAGACAUUGGAUUAAACCCUCAACAACGAUCGGUGUCACUGACAGCUCUGAGCACCGGUUCACAGCAAUUACUGGAGCCCAGGAUGGCCCAGCUAGAGACAUUGGAAGCCAAGAUGGCUAGUAUAGAAGUAUCGUUAUCAACAUCUCCAAGACGAAAAAAAGGAGGAAGUAUAUCCGGGGGAAUAACCUCUCCUCAGGCCGGUCACAGAAACAAGGAUCAGUAUAAAGAGGUCGACGCUCUGCGGAUCGCCCUUCGGGACAAAGAAAAUAUCAUCCAAACCCUGAAGGGUCAAUUAUGCAAUACGCUGAGUAAUCGUCUGGCCUUGCGGAAUGGGGCACCACCACUUACAGAAGCUGAUAGAAAAGCCACUGAAGAGAGACUCCAGAGAUUACGACGUGAUACUGAUAACAAACGACUCGCUAUAAAAAAUCUAAAACUGGCCUUAGAACGUUUGGAUAUCACUGACAAUAUUGAUGUGAGAAUACAACAAGCAGAGUUAGAGUAUAGACUGGGCCGCGAGGAACUGGAAUUAUUGACCUUACGGGAAGAGAGUCGGGCGCUACAGUCGGCAUUGGAGUUGGCAGAAACGCAAGAAAAGCAGAAAAAUGACACAGUUUUUAGCUGUAUUACGAGGGGAGCACAGAUGACAAUACAUGCGGUGGAAGUGAGUGCAGAUCCAAAGAGCCCGAGAUUUGGUGCAGGUCCGAGGGAUGAAACAGCUGGUCUCUAUGUCGAUUGGGCUAUUGAAGAUUCCGGACUUUGCAAAGGGGAUAGAAUUUUGGAGGUGAACGGAAAAUUGGUGGUGGGGUCCAGCAGAAGUGAUCUAGCCAGGCUGUUAGCAGUCGCCCCGGAUGCUGCACAGAUAGUUGUGCUACGAAAGAGUGAGUCCUUGGGAGUGCUGAGAACUUUGAGAACCGAAAAUCUUCGGUUAACUCAUAGAAUUGGCUAUCUCGAGGAGCAAGUGAGAGAUCUUUUAUCGCCAGUGAGAACAGAAGUAACCCUAGAUUCUCCCCCGACUAGAAAGGAUAAUCUACAAGUUUAUCAGAAGGGCCCUCAGGUAACAGCUCUUGUGGGUAAUUUACCGGGUAUGAAGGUGCGCAGUUCUGGUGACUUGCGACAUAGUUCGACAAGUUCUAAAAACCGUCAUAGUGAUCAUUCACGUAGAAUCAAUUCGAAGGAACUCGAUUUACUAAUGGAGGGGUUUCAUCACAAGUCACGGCAUCGAGAUAAAGCCCUCCAAUUAACAAGAUCAACUGCCAGUUUGGAUUGCAAAUCACAGACUACCGUCCAAUCACACCGAAGACGUUCUAGCAAGUAUGACUCAACUAUUGAUUUGAAUAAGACCAGGAAGAGUAUCCACGGCCUGUCAUCACUCGAAUUUGAUUCCGAGCCUACUUAUUACCGAAUGCAGGAUACGCAGUCUCGUACUUCGGAGCACUCAGAGGCAUCGGUGAUCUACGACUUUCAUCAAGCAAGGAGCCGCCCAACACCGCCAAAAAAACCUGCACGUCUUUCAUUACAUCGAGCUGCUAGCCUCCAGUCCGUUGGUGGCACAACGCAGUCCCCACCAGAGACACAAAAAAAACCGACCAAGAGAAAUCAUCGCGGGGAUCCACCGACGGAAAAGGUCAACAGCCGAUCUGAAAGUAGUUCGGAGGCUACCAAUGGCCAUCAAAGUGAUCAACCACCACAACCCCCACCCAGGACACCUUCGCGAGCUGAAUCGUGUCAGAGUGCACUGAGAUGGCCAUCCCCCAAACCAAGACCAACUUUAACUUCAGUUCCCAUUGAUAAAUGGUGCUGAAUUUUUUUUUAAGCGAAAAGACCCGCAUGACAUAAACCAAUUCAUCUUCAAGGUCAGUGGCUGAUGAAUUAAGUAAGAAGAUGUAAAAUUCAUUCAACUGCGCCUUAGUAUGGUACUGCUGUAGUUAUUUGCGGGAAAUUUCAUGCAUUAAGCCUGGUAGGAUACUACGAUCCACCAGAUCGUAUUCUAAGUCGGUCGAAGCGAUAGAAGAUAAUGAUUAACAAAUUAUGAUCUCAAAAAGUGUGCAAAUCGUAUGGAAUUAGUGGAAUUUUGAAAUGAGAGGUAUGGGUGAGAGGGUAUGUGCUAAGACAUGUCACGCAAAGUAGGUGAAUA